AUGGGUUUGGAUUAUUACAACGUAUUGAAAGUGGACAAGAACGCAACGGAGGAUGAUCUGAAGAAAUCUUACCGGAAAUUGGCUAUGAAAUGGCAUCCUGACAAAAACCCUAACACCAAAAAAGAAGCUGAAGCCAAAUUCAAGCAGAUCUCUGAGGCUUAUGAGGCAAGUCAUCGGAAACUGUUUCAGGUUCUGAGUGAUCCACAGAAGCGAGCGGUAUAUGAUCAAUACGGGGAAGAGGGAUUGAGCGAUAUGCCGCCUCCAGGGAGCACGGGAAACACCGGAAGAGCAGGAGGCUUUAACCCGAGAAACGCAGAAGAUAUAUUUGCAGAGUUCUUUGGAAGUAGUCCAUUUGGUUUUGGAUCAGCUGGUGGUCAAGGAAGGUCCACGAGGUUUCAAUCCGAUGGAGGAGGAAUGUUUGGCGGAUUUGGUGGCGGAAACAACAACGGCGGAGAAAACAUAUUCAGAACUUACAGUGAUGGGACUGCGCCUAAAAAACCUCCACCUGUUGAGAGCAAGUUGCCUUGUAGCCUUGAAGAGUUGUACUCUGGAUCAACUAGGAAAAUGAAGAUCUCUAGAUCCAUUGUUGACGCUAACGGGAGACAGUCGCAAGAGACAGAGAUUCUGACCAUUGUUGUGAAACCGGGAUGGAAGAAAGGGACCAAGAUUAAGUUUCCGGAUAAAGGAAACGAGCAAGUGAAUCAGUUACCAGCUGAUUUGGUGUUUGUGAUUGACGAGAAACCACACGAUUUUUUCAAGAGAGAUGGGAAUGAUCUCAUCACAAGCCGAAGAGUGACGCUUGCAGAAGCUAUAGGAGGAACAACUGUGAGUAUCAACACGCUCGAUGGGCGGGAUUUACCCGUUGGUGUCACGGAUAUCGUUAGUCCCGGAUUUGAGCUUGUGGUUCCAGGAGAAGGGAUGCCAAUAGCUAAAGAGCCAAGAAACAAAGGUGAUCUAAAGAUCAAAUUCGAUGUUCAGUUUCCUACAAGAUUGACAAUGGACCAGAAAUCUGCACUCAAGCGGGUCUUAGUUGGUUGA